GCCAAACUCUAAACGAUUCCAGCCGGGCGGGUCCGCGCGCAGGAGGCGAGCCACUUUUAGCUUAGCGUGUCGUGUGAACCCAGGCGAGGACGGGAACAGUCGGUUUGGGGGGGGGGGUUCUGGCCUCGACUGCGAGGCGAGACCAACUUCUGCUCAGAAUUCAGCCCCAAGGGAAGCCGAGUGGCAGUUUCUCCCAAAAGAGGUUUCUCACCUUCCUGUCAUGGCAACCAUUGUCUCGGAAAAGCUCAGCCACCUCUUCAUCAACAUCCAGCACUUGUGCAAAAUCCCUCGACUUCUGGCAGAGGCCUUGCCUUCUCCGUCCUGCACGGUGGGAGCCUCCGACGUGCCACAGCUUUUCCGGAAGCCCUACAUCCACGCUGGCUACCGGCCUCUCCACCGGAGCUGGGCCUUCUACUUCCUGUCCCUGUUCCAGCGGCACAACGAAGCCCUCAACGUCUGGACCCACCUGCUGGCGGCUUUCAUGCUGCUGGGGAGGUUCUGGCAACUGUUGCAGACCGUCGAUUUUUCGGGCGACCCACACGCGCAGCCCCUCUUUGUGGUGGUGGUGUCUUCCAUUGUCUACUCGACCUUCAGCGCCUCGGCUCACCUCUUGCAAGCCAAGUCCGAGUUCUGCCACUACACUUUCUUCUUUUUGGACUACGUGGGGGUGGCCACGUACCAGUACAGUAGCGCUUUAGUGCAUUACUACUACGCCAUUGAGCCGGAAUGGCACGCCUGGAUCGCCAGUUUCUACAUUCCAGGAGCCGUGGUGUUGGCUUGGCUGUCGUGUGCCGGGUCCUGCUACGCCAAAUACCGAUGCCCACACCUCUCUUCCCUGCAGGGCAGGCUCUGCCAGGAAAUGCCCUCGGCAGUGGCCUACGCCUUAGACAUCAGCCCUGUGCUGCAUCGUAUUUAUACCUCGACCCUCUCUGGGCAAAGCGAUUUGGCCGUUUCCUACCAUAAGUGCCACGUUCUGUCUUUCCUGGUGGCAGCCUUUUUUUUUGCCUACCCCUACCCAGAGAAGUGGUUUCCCGGGAAGUGUCACUUUGUGGGACAAGGCCACCAGAUCUUCCACAUGUUCCUCAUACUUUGUACCUUCACCCAGGUGGAGGCAGUGCUCCUAGAUUACCGAACUAGGCGGCCCAUCUACUCUCGGCUGCAUGGCAGCCUGGCUCCCUUCUUUUCCGCUCUGUGCCUUUUUCUGAUGGCUUCCUGUGGCCUCAUAGCUCUCUACAUGACCGUCAAAGUCAAACGCAAAAUCUGGCAGAAGCAGGAGUGAGCAAGUCGACACGGUCUGGUGGGGACCUAUCUCCAGCUUCCUCUUUAGUUACACUUGCUCGGUUAUAACGGGGUAUGUCUGUCCUGCUGUCAUUUAGGAAACUGAAUAGGAUGCGUAGCUAUUGCCGGGGUCUUCCCCUCCUCCUGCAAUGGAUACGUUGCUCGCGCAUUGCUCUGUCCACGCAGCUGAGACGGUAAGUCGGAGGUUGCAUCAGACAGGAAGUGGUGGAACUGUUUGGGGAAAGGAAUUCUUGUUUUGUUUCCUGGAGGGUGGUACUGUAACUAUCUUGCCUCUGAUUCAAGGGAGAGCAUGUUGAAGCUGCAUUCAUCUUUCUUGCAUGCUUCUGAAUCAGGCCGUGGCAGCCUCCGGGCUUUUAGGAAUCCACAUGACAGGAUCCACAGAUGGGACCCUGGUGCCACAGGCAUCUGUUUAGGAUCCUAAGGCUGGAAAUUGGUUCUGAAUGCCAGAACUAGAUGGAGCAGCCCAACAUUCAUCCUGGGGUUCCCUAAACUUCCUGCAUUUCAGCAGCGCUUGGCAGGUAAUGAGUGGAAGGGUCACUUUUGCUGCUGCCGUUAAAAGAGAUGGCAGCCGGCCGUUCUUGCCAAUCGGCUAUGAACCACACAGACAGCCCCCAGUGCUUCCAGCUACACUCUUCAUCUGUUCCUGUUCUAAGCAGUGGGAGAGCUUCAGAAAAGGAGGUUAGAGAUGUCCCACGGCCAGGACUUCCCCAGGAGGGACAGACUUUCUAGCCGCCAUAUCUGGGAUAAAACUGCUCUGCCUCUGUGCUGCACUGGUUCUGUCUUUUUUUUCUUCCUUCAGCACCUUUGCGCUAUGCAGUCACAGCCCCACAGUUUUGUGCCCUGCUUCAGGGAACUUGGGCAGAACUGGUGCCUUCACGGAUUGCCUUCUGCAAUAUCCAGACCAAAAGCCUCCUCGCUGCUUCUGGGAAAGCGGCUUGCGCUCCGGCUUGCCUGUGGAAACAGUGAGCCGGGCCUUGGGAAGCCUGCCAGGUGGAUGUGCCUUCAGAAGAGCAUCUGUCUAUCCAAAUCUUUGUAUGUGGGGUGACGUUACUUGUGAUAUUUUUACUGCGGUGGUAAGCUUGUUUGGGGAGGAUCACCUCGGCCAAUGCUGCACAGCUGUGGAUCAGACUGGGGUUUGAGAAGGGGGAAGAGAUGGGUUUUGAUGGCUGAUUUUUCCAGAGGGAAGCCCAUGUGACUGUAAUGGGCUGAGCUAAGACUCUAAAGCAGUGCUCUGGAGAUCCCCAAAAAUUAUCCAAGGGCUCCUUAUACCAAAUUUAAUUAUCUGUCCAUCUGCUGCCCAAUAUCAUCUGCUCUAGGGUUUUACACAGAGAUGGGCCUUCCCUGUCACCUAUAUUCUGCCCUUUUUAACUGGCAGCACCAAAGAUUGAGCCCAGCACGUCUUCCAGAGCAAACAUUUGUGAUGCCACCGAGAUACAGUCCCUGGGCUAAAAGACCUCUAAGGUGCCUUCCAACUCUAGGAUUCUCAACCAGAUUGCACUCUGAAAUUCUGGACCAGGCAUCGUUUUAUGGAGCCUCUCUUCCAUAAGCAUAUGCUCAGCCCUGUUUUAAAACCCCAUCUGCAUUCGUGGCUGUCGCCGUUUUCUAUGCCGAAGAAUGCCAUAUGGAUUUUUUGAAGACGUGUUCCUCUCAUCUUUUGGACCAUUCCAAAUUCCAAUGCAUGCGUACUCAGAAGUGUCACUAUGUUUAAAGCUUAAGAGUGUAUGAGCUUGCUGCUUCCAUGUGCCAAAUACAUGUCCUAUUCUUCCCCAGAGGGUUGGAAUUAAAAUCACUAAACUGAGUCAGUA